AUGGAAGAAGCCCUCGUCUACAGCAAAAAUGGGACAGUGGAGGUCCAGCUUCACACAGUGCCCAUUCCUAAGCCUGGGCCCGGUGAAGUCCUGAUCAAGGUGGUGGCCAGCGGCACGAACCCUAAAGAUUGGAAAUUCCCCGAGUGGUUUGACCAGUUCAAUGGCACCAAUACCGGCGACGACAUUGCAGGAUACGUCCACGCCAUCGGCGACGAUGUCUUCGAGUUCAAAGUUGGGGACCGGGUAGCCGCAUUUCACGAUUACAUGACGCCCCAUGGAAGCUUUGCCGAAUAUGCCAUCGGGAAAGCGCACACGACCUUCCAUAUCCCGCCCCAUGUCUCCUUCGAGGAGGCAGCAACCAUCCCCCUCGCAGCAGCAACUGCUUCCCUGGCUUUAUUUGCUCGCUUGGGACUUCCCGAACCGUGGUUGAGCAACAAGUCGUGGGCCAGUAAGCCCCGAGGAGGGGUGUUGGUCUACGGCGCUGCCACUGCUGUCGGGUCAUUUGCGAUCAAACUCUUGCAGAAGGCGGACAUCCAUCCUAUCAUCAGCAUUGCAGGAAGAGGCAUGGAUUAUGUCCAGGGCCUUCUGAGCCAGGAGAAAGGGGACGUUGUGAUCGACUAUCGCAAGGGGGUAUCUGCCGUUGCGUGCGCGAUCCAGGAUGCCAUUCCGGCGGGCGAAAGUCUUCUAUAUGCGGUAGAUGCGGUCAGCGAGAAAUCUAGCUUCGAUGUUAUUAGCAGAGUGCUGGACCAGACCGCUGGUGCGGUGUCAGUCGUCAUCCCGAUGCGACCCGACGAAUUGCCCUCCACGACUCGCGUCGAGUUCAGCAACGUUGGGACCUGCCAUACGGAUGACCAAGACUUUGCAUUUGUGUGGUCUCGGAUGGCGAGCAGGGGACUCAGUGAGGGCUGGCUUAAGUCUCAUCCGCAUGAGAUUGUACCAGGUGGUCUGGAAGGUAUCCAAACAGCAUUGACGAAUUUGAAGGAAGGUAAAGCCAGCGCUGUCAAAUAUGUUGUGAAGUUUCAAGACUAG